AUGGGUUACCCCAGCAUCGCAUACCUUGUCUUUGUCGUCGUCAUUUUACCCUGGGUUGAAGGCCAGUUUCCCAGAGUCUGUACUGACCGGGACAGCCUGAGAGACAAGAAAUGUUGUCCUGUUCCCAAAGGCUUCACCACACUAUGUGGCUGCGAUGGAGACAGAGGAAAGUGCCAGGAAUUGACCAUUCGUGAUUGGACAUUCAAGUACAGCCAUUACCGACCGUUCCAGAUGAAGGACGAGAGACACAAUUGGCCGCGUGCUCUUUACAAUAAAGUCUGCAUAUGCAAUGCAAACUAUGCAGGUUACGAUUGCAGCAAAUGCGCGUUUGGUUACUAUGGCAAGAACUGCACGCAGAAGAAAAAUUUGAUACGAAGAAAUUUUCUGAGCCUGACAGCCGAGGAGAAAGAUCGAUUCAUGAGAUACGUUAACAUGUCCAAGCACUAUGUAAGUGACUUCGUGGUUACGUCUACUCCUUACAAGGAGAUAAACAAAACCGUUAUGGAGGGUGGCGACCCAAAGUCCUACUUUUAUGAUGUCACUAACUAUGACCUGUUCACGUGGAUGCAUUACUAUGCGGCAAGUGACACCAUUUUACCUCAUGAUGUCACUGAAUCUGAUAUCGACUUCGCACACGAUGGUCAGGGAUUUCCCUCAUGGCAUCGGUUGUACUUGUUGGCAUGGGAGAGAACCUUGCAGGAAAUUGGAGGAGAUGAAGAAUUUGCCCUUCCUUUCUGGGACUGGACUGGGAAUGCCACUCAAUGCGACCCUACAAUUUGCUCUGAAGAGCUCCUUGGCGUAACGGACCAAGCUACAGGCAUUGUGAGGGGCAAAUACUUGGAUAACUGGUAUGUCCUUUGCACCAGCAACCAAACCAAUGCCCUAAAAAAGGCGUGUGAGCCUAACAUAACAAGAGCUGGAUUGAAACGGGACACAGAUGAUGAGAAGGAGAAGAAAGUGAAGGAACAAGGAUAUACUAUGACAUUUCCAACAAAAACAGAAGUUAACUUUGCGCUCCGUUUUGAAACCUUCGACUUCCCACCCUACAAUAAAGAGUCUAGCUGCAAUUUUAAAAACAUCCUAGAGGGUUAUGUUAGCACCAAAACUGGUUUUCGCCUUCCUAACGUCCACGGCUUGCACAACCGGGUCCACAUAGUUGUUGGAGGAGAAAUGGGGGACGUACCUUCAGCAUCAAACGACCCGAUCUUUCUUCUUCAUCACGCGUUUGUGGAUCGUAUCUAUGAAAAAUGGUUGCGGAAGUUUAAGAAGGAUGCGAAUGUGCUAUCUUCUUACGAUGCACCCAUUGGUCACAACAGAGAUGACGUCAUUGUGCCGUUGUUUCCGGUUUACACUCACCAACAGAUGUUCAAGAAGUCUUUCGAGUUCGGUUAUGAUUACCAAGACGUCGAUGAAAAAGGUGAGAAUGAAUAUUUUGCUUUCCAUUGUAUGUUGGUGUCCGUUCUGAAUUGGUUAAAUAGAUUCGUAAAACCAGCCUGCAAAAUUGUCGUUUCAGCGCGGGGGAUUGGGUGCGCAACAGAACACUUUGCAUGAGCGUAGCUGGCAGGGGUCUAAAGGUGCAGGUACGCCCCCCCACCCCCUCCCCCUUUAUUUAGGAGAAGUGAAUACCAUAUUUCCUCGAACAAACGCCCGAGCGCUCAUAAAAUUGUGGCUAAAAGGGGGGGGGGGGUUAGGGACGCUUAUUGGUAGGAGGGCGCCUUACCGAGUAGGCGUUAGUUGAGUUAGCGCACUGAUAGGACGGAAAAGUCAAAACCACAGAUAAAAUACAUAAGGAAAUUCUACAAGCGCAUGAAGACUGAAAUAUCUGGAACGGAAAAGAAACUCGGGAACUGAAGCUCAAAAGGUUUUGGAUAAAGUGGCAAUAGAAAAACGUUUUCGUUCGGUUACUUCAAUUUAUGCUAAGGGUAGGCGCUUAUUCAAGGAAAUACGGAACUUAUAAUCAUUUAAAAUUCCAUUAAUUCGUGGGUGUUUUUCACUUCCAGUAAUGUUGGUAUUUUAAAUAUCACAAUAAAUUGAAAGUUUCAGUGAUCUUAAACAAGCAUUUGGUCUUUUUCUCUGGGAAAAGUUAUGGCAAAUUUAGUUUUUGCCUCCUAGUCCAAUGGUAGGAACACGUCUUGGAGAGAAAACUCUGAGGAGUGUCUUUACCCAUUCACUUAAUUCCAACUCCUCCGCUUCCCACCAUUCCUCGUCUCUCCUCUCAUACCCUGUGUAGUUUGUCCACUUUAACUCUUGCUAUCCAAAAUUCACAAGAGAGUAUCUUUGAAUAGGCAGGUCUCCUGAUGACGAGAAAGAAGAUGAAUCAAAGUCUUUGGGAGAUUGUCCACAGCCUGACUGUUACCCUAACCUUCCUAAAUCUGCAGCGCCUGGAAAGCUAAUGUGUUGGUGGCUGAUGUCAGUCAUGUUAGUAUGGCAGCUAUUGUUGGCUGAUUGA